GCUACAAAUACCUACUUUUGUUACAGAAGGUAAAUAUCUGGAAAAAUAUGGUUAAUUAUCGCAAAACCAAUAAUAAUAAUAUUCAAGUUCAGGUAGGAGCAUUAAUAUUCCAGCGCCCGUAUGAUCAGGAACAUCCGGUGUUAAUGUACACAUUUCCCUUUGAAAGGCUUUAUUGUAAAUUUGAAUAAUUUAUUGAAACAGAAAUUAGAUAAUCGUAUUUUGUUAUGUUAUAAAUAAAAACUAUGUUAAAAUGAAGAUGGUUACCCUUUUGUCCGGGAAUGACAUGCCUAUUAUAGGCCUGGGAACAUUCAAACUCAGAGGCAGAGAUCUAAUCCACAAAUGUCUGCAGACAGCACUUGAAGCUGGAUAUCGAUCAUUUGGUGCGCCUUGGCUGUGUUCAUAUGAGCUUCGUGCUGGAAAAACUGAGCUUAUUGCAUGUGGAUACAGCAGCUGUGUACAAGAAUGAGUCAGACAUCGGUGAUUGCCUUAUUGAGUUGCUGCCAAAGUAUGGGCUGACAAGAAAUGAUAUAUUUCUUACCAGCAAGCUUGCUCCAAAGGACCAAGGUGCCAACAGAUGCAGAGAGGCUUGUCUGACCUCCCUGACCAACCUGAAGACUGAGUACCUGGACCUGUACCUGAUCCACUGGCCUGGGACUCAGGGACGCAAGCCCGGCGAUCAAGACAACCCACGUCUGAGACGUGAUAGCUGGAGAGACAUGGAGACUCUUUACAAAGAAGGAAAACUUAAAGCCAUCGGUGUUUCUAAUUUUGAGCAGAGACACCUCAUUGAUCUCUUGGAAUCAUGUGAAAUACAACCACAUGUACUGCAGACAGAGCACCAUCCACAUCUAGUGCAGUCCUCACUGGUGGAGUUCUGUAGACAUCACCAGAUUCAUUUCCAGGCCUACGCCUCCCUGGGUACCACCACAGACAACAACAAGCUUUUGACAGACCCAACUGUAAUAUCUAUAGCGAAAAACAACAGCAAAACCACAGCUCAAAUACUUCUGAAGUGGGCCAUUCAACAGGAUAUAGGAGUCAUCCCGAAGUCCUCAAAUCCAGAUCACAUCAAAUCCAACAUGGACCUUUUCUCCUUUGAGCUGUCCAAGGAAGACCUGGCACGAAUCUCUGGACUUGAUUCACAACACCAUUACUGUUGGGAUCCCAGGGGAAUCCUUUGAGACUCGUUCUGGGAAAAAUGCGCUAAUUGUAUGUGCGUAAAGCGUUGUCCCAGAUUUUUUUUUUUAAUUAUGCCCCCCUUCGAAGCAGAGGGGGUAUAUUGUUUUGCACAUGUCGGUCCGUCGGUCGGUCCGUCCACCAGAUGAUUUCCGGAUGAUAACUCAAGAACGCUAAGGCCUGGGAUCAUGAAACUUCAUAGGUACAUUGAUCAUGACUGGCAGAUGACCUCUAUUGAUUUUCAGGUCACUAGGUCAAAGGUCAAGGUCACAGUGACUCAAAUAGUAAAAUGGUUUCCGAAUGAUAACUCAAGAAUGCUUAGGCCUAGGAUCAUGAAACUUCAUAGGAACAUUGAUCUUGACUGGCGGAUGACCUCUAUUGAUUUUCAGGUCACUAGGUCAAAGGUCAAGGUCACGUUGACUUGAAACAGUAAAAUGGUUUCCGGAUGAUAACUCAAGAAUGCUUACGCCUAGGAUCAUGAAACUUCAUAGGUACGGUGAUAAUGACUGGCAGAUUACCCCUAUUGAUUUUUAGGUCACUAGGUCAAAGGUCAAGGUCACAGUGACUCGAAACAGUAAAAUGGUUUCCUGAUGAUAACUAAAAAAAAUUAGGCCUAGGAUCAUGCAACUUCAUAGGUACAUUGAUCAUGACUGGCAGAUGACCCCUAUUGAUUUUCAGGUCACUAGGUCAAGGCCACAGUGACAAAAAACGUAUUCACACAAUGGCUGCCACUACAACUGACAGCCCAUAUGGGGGACAUGCAUGUUUUACAAACAGCCCUUGUUUAUUUUGACCUUACAGUCAAGGAUAACCCAUGAAAGUGCAAGCACUUAUUUCCAAUGGGGUCCUUUGGUUUUGCUGAAGAGACAGCAUGCAGAAGAGACAGUAUUGAGAUAGAAGGAAUUCAAGAGCAAUACCCUAGCUCUUUGCGAAUAGAUCCCUUGGCUCUUUUACGUGCUCAGUGUAUAGCAACGAUACACGCGAGAAUUACCUGGGUUUCAUACCAGUACAUCUCUACAUGGGUGGGAAACACUUAAAGCAUUUCUGAAAUUUCCAGUGCCCCGGCCAGGAAUUGAACCGGGGACCUCUGGAAUGGUAGACCAGAGUGUUUACCCUCGACUACCGCACCACCAGCUUAGGACUGCAGACAUCAUACAUCAUCAAAGGAACCUAAUUCUGGGAAAGCUGGGCUUAAUGAAGAUUAACCUGUGAAGUUCGCUAAGGCUUCUUAGAGAUGACACUUUCUGCCUAGACUGGAUUUUCUCUUAAAAGAGACUUAAUUUCAACAACAAAUUACAAUAACGCUGAAAGUGUCGUCCCUGAUUAGCCUGUGCAGACUGAACAGACUAAUCUGGGAUGACACUGUAUGCACAUGCAUCAAGCCCAGUUUUCCCAGAAUUAGGUUCCUUUGAUGAUGUAUGAUGUCUGCAGUCCUAAGCUCAUUGCUGUGCUAUAUAUUAACGAUAUAUAUUUUUAUGCCCCCGGUAGGGUGGCAUAUAGCAGUUGAACUGUAAAGUCAGUCUGUCAGUCUGUGCGUUCGUCCGAAAACUUUAACAUUGCCCAUAACUUUUGCAAUAUUGAAGAUAGCAACUUGAUAUUUGGCAUGCAUGUUAAUCUGAUGGAGCUGCACAUUUUGAGUGGUGAAAGGUCAAGGUCAUCCUUCAAGGUCAAAUAUAUGGUCCAAAGCGGCGCAGUAGGGGGCAUUGUGUUUCUGACAAACACAUCUCUUGUUUUUAUCUACAAUAAAUUAUUUUCUAUUCAUUGUUACUUGUGUAGUUUAUGGUUAAAAGUGUCCUGUUUAUCAUGACUGGUUGGUUGGAAUUGCACUUUUAGACUGAAAUAAAGAUUUGAAGAACAUUGCAACACUUUAAUGGCAUAAAACAUUUGAUUGCCUCAACAUCAAACUUAUCUUUGACUUUGACGUUCGGUUUAUACUGUUAUAUUUCCUUUGUCCACCAGAUUGUUAACUGCCUGUCUGUAUUCAAAUUAUUAGACUAGCUUAUAUCUUAUGUACUUUUAGAGUUAUUGCAAAAUUGAGCUUAUUUUAUAUUUUUCACAUAUCCUUUGACCAAUGAAUAAAUCAAGUCAUUCACAA